ACAAGCAGUGAUUUAUGUGUUAUACGAACUUGUGUUCAGCAUACGUGGUGAACAUAUUAGACGUCCGCUGACUCGUCGACCAGUGACAUCAAGUGGAUACAUAUAUAUGCACAACAUAUUGGACAGAGACCCUCAAAUCUUUAGAGAUGUGUAUAGAAUGUAUCCUGACGUGUUUCGAAAAUUAUGUAGCAUCCUAAAAGCGAAAACACCUUUACGGGAUACAAGACACAUUUGUGUUGAAGAAAUGCUUGCAACCUUUUUACUAGUUGUCGGCCAAAAUAAUCGAUACAGUGAAGCUCGGCUGAUAUUUGAGCGAUCUCAUUUUGCUGUUAGCAGAAGUUUCAACAAAGUCUUGAAGGCCUUGAAUACAAUAGCACCACAGUUUAUGGCUAAACCUGAAUCCAUACCACCUAACAUAAGAGAAAGUACAAGGUUCUAUCCUUACUUUAAGGAUUGUGUCGGAGCUAUAGAUGGCACGCAUAUUCCUGCAACGGUAGUUGGACGUGAGGUAAGCAGAUAUCGAAAUCGCCAUGGGAAGAUAUCACAAAAUGUAUUAGCAGCUUGUAACUUUGAUUUACAGUUCAUAUAUGUGAUUAGUGGAUGGGAGGGUUCCGCUCAUGAUUCAAAAGUGUUGAAUGAUGCGAUUUCUAGACGAAAUGGACUCAAAGUGCCACCAGGUAAAUAUUACUUAGGGGACUGCGGAUUCCCAAAUCGACGUCGGUUCCUAGCUCCAUUUCGAGGUACUCGAUAUCACCUCAAAGAUUUUGGUGGUGAAGGAAAUCAUCCUGUCAAUGCAAUUGAGUUAUUCAAUCUUCGCCAUGCUUCCUUGAGGAACGUAAUUGAGAGAAUAUUUGGAAUAUUUAAGUCGCGUUUCACAAUCUUCAAAUCAGCACCACCAUUUUUAUAUAAGACACAAGCAGAACUAGUUUUGGCUUGUGCAGGACUGCACAAUUUUCUUCGACAGGAAUGUCGUUCAGAUGAAUUUCCUCCUGAACCAGAAGAAGAUCCGAUAGACAAUCACGAAGAUAAUUUUGAAUGGGAUGAUUUUCAAACCCAAGAUCAGCAAAGAGAGAAUGCUAAUGAAUGGAGAAUGAGUAUUGCUACUCAUAUGUGGACAGAUGCCCAACCAAAUGCCAACAAUGAAAACAAUGACAAUCAAGAAAGUGAAAAUGAGGGAGAAGAAUAAAUCAUAUCAUUAUUUCAAA